AUGCGGUCACGCAUUGUGCGAAAACGCGAGUACACGAGCAAAACGUGUUCCGCCGUUUCCUCUAAACCAACACAAACCGGCAUUCGGGGAAACCCGCAUGACCGAAACGGUAUUCCGGUGUACACGGUGAAACGUCUUCAGCGCUGGGCGCUGACGUUGCUGUUGUACGACUUCACCAUCGAGUACGUGCAAACGGAGAAGUUCGGGAAUACCGAUGUCCUGUCGAGGCUGAUCAACGUGAUUGCGAGCGUGAUUUUAGAGGAGGAUUUGCGGUUUGUAGCGAACGAAGCAGUAAGCUGUCUUCCGCUCAGUUUCAAGUCGGUGGAACAGGAGACGCAAUCCGACGAACAGCUGCGCAAAGUGUACCGGUAUCUUCGAGAGGCGAAAAUCGUGAAUCCGGAAAUACGCCAGCUCCAUGGAAGGCGAGAUUUGCUGUGCACCGUUGGAAAGUGCAUCAUGUUCGGGGAACGCUUGAUGAUUCCCGAGAGGCAUCGGCAGCGGUUUCUGCAGCAGCUGCACCGGGGACACUCCGGAAUCCUACGAAUCAAGGCGUUGGCGAGAAGUUAUGUGUAA